UCUUCAUAAUGAAAACACCCCCAGCGACACACGGUCUGGGUGCAAUCUAGUAUGCAUAAUUCCAAACCUCGGGACAUAUUCAACUCACUGUUUCAUUGUUUAGCCAGAUCAGUGUUCCAACUCUCAACAUGAAGAUACCAGUUGUUGAUUUUGGAGCAUACAAGUUAGGGGAAAACGAGGUUUCAGGCGAGCAGUUAGAGAUCCUGAGCAGGCAGUUGAAAACUGCCUUUACGGAAGUGGGAUUUGUUUAUCUGAAGAAUACUGGGAUAGUACAACAAGACGUGGAUGAGGUUAUAAACAUAUCCAAGAAAUUCUUUCUGCAACCAGACGAAAUGAAACAGUCUUUCAGCAGGAAAAGCUUCUCUAAUAAUCCUAACCAUGGCUGGGUGUCUUUGGAGACUGAGAGUUUAAAUCCCAAGAGACCAGGAGACCUAAAGGAAGCCUUCAACACUGCAUCCCUUCAUCCAGACAUAAAAUGGCCAUCGUGGGAAGGAGGGAAUGGAUUCUUUGAGGUCCAGUCGUCGUUCUUCCUGCGCUGUAAGGACCUGUGUCUCCGGGUGCUUCGUGUGAUGGCCCACAGUCUGGGCCUGGAGGCUGAGGUCUUCCUAAGUGCACACAGACACAUAGGGACUGAUAAGAACAGCAGUACCCUGAGGUCUCUGUAUUACCCCUCGGUGAGGAGUGACAGGGUGAAGGAGGGCCAGCUGCGCUGUGGAGAACACUCGGACUAUGGCAGCAUCACCCUGGUCUUCCAGAGUCAAGAGGGUGGCCUGCAGGUGCGUACCAGGUCAGGGGAGUUCAUCUCCGCUCCCAGCAUCCCUGGGACAGUACUGAUCAACAUAGCUGACCUGAUGCAGAGGUGGACCAGUGAUGUUUUCCUGUCAGCGGUCCAUAGGGUUUUGCUGCCCCCCGCUGGAGACUUGAGCACACGGCAGUCCCUGGCUUUCUUUGUGCAGCCAGACGAUGAAGCCCUCAUCACCUGUUUUGACGGGUCUGACAAAUAUCCCCCUGUGAAGUCAGGGGCCUAUCUCAUGGAACGCUUCAAUGACUCUUAUGGGAGGAAUUGACCUUUAUCUAUCCAGCAUUAAUUAUUUUGUGUUAUGCAAUUAUGUCAGUGAAACAGAAUGUCAGUAAAAAGAGAAUGUCCUUUUAAAUCCGUGAAGUGGGAGAGAGAUAAUCAGAUAAAGUUGUGGAGAUAAAGGAAUAUGUGAGCAAAAACCCUCCAAGUACAGAUACUGUAUGUAGAACCAUGGUAAAGUCCAGUAUGGACUAUCAAUACACAUACUGUAUGUAGAACCAUGGUAAAGCACAGUAUGGGCAGAACUGAAAAAGCAUGUGCAAGCAAGGAGUUCUACAAACCUGACUCCGUUACACCAGCUCUGUCAGGAGGAAUGGGCCAAAAUUUACCCAAAUUAUUGUGGGAAGCUUGUGGAAGGCUACCUGAAAUGUUUGACCCAAGUUAAACAAUUGAAAGGCAAUGCUACCAAAUACUAAUUGAGUGUAUGUAAACUUCUGACCCACUGGGAAUGUGAUUAAAUAAAUAAAAGCUGAAAUAAAUUA